GAUAUAUAGGAACAUCAGAAUAUUUAAUAAGACCAGAAACACAWUCAGAAACAGGUGUUUUCGACCAAAUGAAAAAUACUAUUUCUAAUGUUUUAGGUUCUGUUGAUCCAGUACCUGUUGUCGGUGUAUCUGGUGGAAUGGGUGCUUUAUUCUUACUUUUUAGGUAUACACCAUUUGGAAACUUCUUCAGAGGAGGAAGAGGACGCGCACACAGAAUACCACGUAGUUUCAAUGGACAAUUCCUGGGAGGAUUUCCAGGAUAUGAAGAUUAUGAUGUUGGGCAUAUUGGAUAUGGUCCAAUGAAUCCUCUCGCGGAAUAG